AUGUCCGCCGAUUCUCUAGCUGCGUUCCGCAAAAAUGCGGGCGACGAGCUCGGAAAGCUCGCGGAAGAGCAUAUGAAGCACGAUCUACGAGAUUCCGACCGCGACAUCCUCCAACGAGCCGCCAGCAAAGCCUCGACACACGCCCUGAUCGGCUCACUGGCGGGCAUUGCGCUCGGCGGCUUUCUCGCGUUCCGAGUCCGCGCCAACCGCAACGCCAUGUACCAGGCCAUCAAGGCCGCCGAGAAACCCACGCACGUGCGAUUCGCCGACGGCCGCGAAGAGGCCAUUCCAGAUAUUACUCCGCUGCUGGCUCCGACGCCGCUGGGCGAUAUUAUCACCUAUACUUUUUUUGGUAUUGGAGGAUUGUUCUUGGGUGGAGAGACGGGGUUCCUGACGGGAAUGUGGGCGGCAAAGAGGACGAUUUCGGAAGACCCGGAAGCCAAAAAGAGGAUCGAGAAGGCUUUCAGGUCGUUCCGUGCAGAUGUUAUGAGGAAGGAGAUUGCGGAUUUGGAGGGGGAUAAGGAUAGUGCGAAGGAGAUUCUUUGGACGUGA